AUGCUCAGCAGUCAAUCCAUUCAAUUGAUCUUCUCUAGCUGGGACGUCAUUAAGAACAUUCCAGACUUUCAAGAAGUGUUUAGCAACCAACUCUCAGAAAAACUCUCAGAUUCUGUAGUAUCCGAAUGGUUCUCCGGACCCGCGAAUCCGCACCAUUUGGUGUUUGUGAAAAUGAUCGAUCUGAUCGUGCACCUCUUGGGUCCAGAUUUGGACGUCAUCUUGGAGGAACUCACCUCCCAAGGCAGACGGCAUCACCGAUACCACAGCGACAUGAUUGGAUUCUUUCACGUUGAUAUCUUUAGCGAAAUUGCCGAUGCCUUUAUUGCCAUUGUUAGCAGCAUGAUACAAGAGCAAGCUUCCGCCAAAGAUCCCAACGAAGUCCUGCCUGAAUCCUCCGUCUUGCAUCCAAACCAGCUAGAAGAGAUCACCAAGGCCUGGUCCGCAAUCUUUACCAUGAUGCGGGCGAUUAUGAAGCAGGGAGUCAAAAUUGAAGUCAAGAGACACCAAAGACGUGCCGAAAAGAAACGACAAGAAAUUUUGGCCAAGCAAGAACGACGAACCUCGGACUCGGAUACCACGAAACCAAUGUCCGAAUCGGAUAGUGAUACUGCUUCCUUGGACCUCUCCUCGCACAGUAACCACAACCCGUCAUCCACAACAAAAAGACAACCAAGGAAAGGAGGCAAACGGGGCAUUGGCCGUGCCGUCAGUUCCACCCUAGAGUCUAUGCGAUCACCUCCAGGGAGAUCGUCAUCCGGCAUCCGAGCAGGCUUGGCAAUGUUGGGUUCUGGAUCCAACCACAACAAGAAAAAGUCGUCCAAGUUGGCCGCCUUGUCGGAACAGUCUUCUCCUUCUUCCACGAAGAGCAAUGGUAAUAGUAGUGGAAGUAGGGCUGCUCCGCUCAGGAGGGGAAUCCGAUCCUCCUUGUCCAUGAAGCGAUUGACCGUGAGCCGGAGUUAG